AUGAUGACACUGGGUGGUAAGCACCUGCCGGAUGGGCCGGAUGGGCCGGACGGUCCAGACGAUCCCAUCGACAGGGACGCCCCCACCGCAGACAAGCCCAAUAACCACGAUGAGCAUGACGAUCAUGACGACUACAAAGGAAUCAGCUACGGAAUGAUUCUAAAAAAAGUGGUGCGUAGGUCGAUAAACGACUGGAGCCUCUUUUGCGACCGAGUGGAUAACGAUAAUGGGGACAAUUGUGACUACCUUAGAAGCGCCCUCAUCCAGUAUUGCAGACACAUGAGGGAGUGCUUCCUCAAACUCCUCGAGGUAAAUACAUUCAGAAAAAACUACAAAGAAAUAAAUGAUACAAUUAAGCUCAUUUUAGAAUAUAGGGAAAAUUACAGAGAGCUGAAAAGCAAGUACCAAUACGAUUUAUACCUAUGUAAAGUAAAAUUAAUGGACCUCCAAGUGAACGAAAGUAAUGUUCUGUGUGCAAUGGACUUAUUAUCCACAGGGAGGUACACGAGGUUCCCUCUGCUCUUUAAGGAAAUCCUAGCCAACCCAACAGAUUCCUUCAUUCCCAACUUAGAUAUGAAUCAAAUAAAAAUUUUAAAAAAACGAAUUGUGGAUGAAUUUUUAAUAAACUACUAUUCUUCGAGGAUACCGAAGGAUAAAGUAAACUUUAUAUUUUCCGACGGGAUGAUGGAGUUGGACGUGGUUAAUGAAGUGAAGGUGUCUCUUAUCACCGACUUUGUUACGUGGAGCAUAGUCAAGGCGGACAUCUCCUUUCUACGACAAAUGAAUUUGCACUUUUCCCAUAAUUUGAAUCUCAUCAGUUUGGUGAGCUACGGAGUUGUGCAGAAGAUGAGCCAAAUGGCGGAAUCGAAAAUGCCUGCUGCGGUGGACGCUGCCCCAGAGGGGGAUUCCCCCUCCGAAGAUAGUCACAUGGAGAGUUCCGAUAGGGACGAGUUUUUGCUAAAUGCAGAAGGAGGUACCCACCACAGUGACCAAGUGCGGCAUACCCGAAUGAAUCCCAUCGAGCAGCACUACCACAGGGAAAGAGAAAACAGAUCACAAACAGAGGAGACACUACCGUUGGCAGACCUGCUCUACGAAAUAUACAGAAUAAGUCACUUCUAUUGUGGUGUACAAAUUAUGGAAUAUUUUAAAGGCUGUAUAAAUCAGUAUAAUACGUUUAAUUACCAAGCGAAGAAAGUUCUUUUGUAUAAAUGCUUUUCGAAUAGCACAGUGGAGAUGACUCCCUCUUGUUACAACUACAGUCUGACUGAUAAGGAUGCACAACUCCAUCUGGACAUUCAUUUGUAUGAGUGCGAACUGACCACAGGAAUGUAUGAGUGGUUCGAGAAAAUACCCCUACUUGAUCAAUAUAGUAAAAAAAAAAUGAUCCUUAAGUUUGUCCUAAACAACGAAAAUGGGGACAUAAAAAUCUUUUUGUGGCCAUUUAGUUUUUUUUUUAAAAAAGGGGAAAAGGAAAACGUCCCUACAGAUGACAUUUUAACUUACUUCGAGUUUGUCUACUGUGGUGCAUUGCAGAGAAGGAUGAAAAAGUUGCUUACGUUUGACCCGGCUCAUAUUCACCUGGAGAGUUGGUUAUCCCGGGUGGACAAUUGCGUCACACGUUUUUUGUUCUCUAUUUUGAAGGCAUUCAGCUCAUCCGGGGGGGAGCCACUCCACGGGGUAAGCAGCAUGAAUCACGCCAGGAGCAGUGAGACCUCCUUCGAAAACAACGCAAUUGGUGUGCAUGAGCUGAUACAGGAUUACUUCUUCGAUUUGGGUUACAUCCGGAAGGAGUUACGUUGUAUGGACAGCCAAACGGGUGGCAAAAACUACGCAGACGGGGGAGAUGCCGAAGGAGGCGUACCAGUCCUGCAAAGCCGCAUUGAAACAGUACUCGUGAGGAAGAAAAACGGAGACUUCUCCUGCGUUCUUAGGUACACCUUCUACGAACAGAAAAUCAACCUCUUCUUAAGUAGGCAAAGUGAAAAAUUCACCUUCAUGUGCCACUGGAAGAGCAAAACUUUUGUCGACAUGAUCAGUCUACACUACGACCUUAAGCUGGUCAUAUAUGUGGUGUACCUACUGAAGCGGUUCUCCCUAUAUGUCUACUUGUACAACGAAUUGCAAGAAAGGUUUCUCCAAGUAAAUGCAGGAAAGAAUUUCAACUACGAGCUAGACGAGGAUGAUUUUUGUCCCAAUUUUUUUGUACAAAAAUUGAAACUCCAUGAUCUCUUAAAGAAAUACGACUACUCAGCGAACAUCGUUUUGACCAAAUUUCUUCAAAGCUUUUUUUCCUUUAUCGAUUUUUAUUCUUACCUUCCGCGUGGUGAGGAGGUGGAUACAGCACACGGGCCCACCCAUGGGGGGCAUACCUCUGGAGGGGGGACAUUUGAGAGGGCUCUCCGGAAAUUGGUGCAGCGAGAGGGGGUAGCUCACUUAGGAGGAAGCAACCCCAACGAGGCAAAUCCAUUUUGCAGAAUGGAAGGGAUUAAUCUUGUCGAAUCCACUUUUUGCGGCACCGCCCCCCUGUGGCAACCCAGGGGCAGUGGGUAUGAUGGGGAGACCCCCCAGGAGGCGAACAAGGCAGCCCCAUCUGAAGGUUCCUUCCGAGAGAACUUCUUCUCUGUGCUAUACUUCACCGUCUACACAUAUGACCGCACACCCCUGUUGCUAAUCCUGAUGAUCGAAAAGGAUUUCAUACACAAAACGUACAUCGUUAUGUGUGAUGGUAACGGUGUUACUUCUGGGAUAGACAAAGUAACAAUCGAACAGGGGAAAAGCAAGAAGAGAAACUUCUUUACCAUUCCACUAAUACAUAAGAGCUAUCCUAUUUUGAAUAACCUCGAAGAUUACCUGGACGGGGUACGAGAUAUGGUGAACCGAUUUUCAAAUUUAUUUUCCACGUUGGGGAAACUGCUACAGAUGAACUCCCGGUGUCCCGUUUUUUGCACUCAGUUUUGUUUAACCCCAUCUAUGGGUGGAGCAUUGAACGGAGGGGAUACACAUCCGGGGGGUAAGACCACACUUAAAGUCGCCUCCGACCAGAUGUACGCCCAACUGAGGAAAGAGAGGAACAAAGGCUUCCUCGACCUUCAGUACUUCGUGAGUAAGAACCAGUCCAAGCGGGUGCUUCCCAGCGGAAGUGGUAACGUCGGCCCGGCAGACGCGCACCCAACCGAACCAAACCCAACCAAUUGGGCGAAGGAGAAAUAUCCAGCUGACUACAUCACCAACUACUUGCUCCACUUGGAAUGCGAGCUGAACGCGGAACACUACAUGAGAAGCGAAUUUGUAAACAACCAGGAGGGAAGCAAGUUUCCCCUCCUGAUCAAGGUGAACACCGGUGGGUCCUUUUUUUUUGAAGUCCCCAUUCGGCAGAAAAAACUCCUCAAAAUAAGGGAUUUUCAUUUGAACAGAAGCAGGGAAGUUUCUUUUUUCUCCUCCAACGUAGCGGUAAAUGUGAAGGUGGAGCCGCUUGGAGGGGCACACGCGCCUGUGGAGGACUGGGUACGAAUGGAAAAAAUGUACCUACUGCUCAAGGAUGACUUCUCUUCUACCAAUAUUCUUCACCUCUUUUCAAUUAUGAGCAAAAUAUUUUUCGUGUUAAAUUUCUUCCAGGAGUUGUACUAUCUGGAAAAAAUAAUGUCCCCCGAUAUAUCCAUCCGCAACUGCCAUUUGGCAAACAUCACUGUUGAGUACAACUGUGGGGUUAACAAAAAUAUUGCAUGUUCUGUCGUGUUGGACGUUCUUAGUGGUGGGGAUAUAACGUCCGUUCAGCUCGACGAUACACCUGGUGGGUCAUAUCCCACAGGGGGAGGUUACAAUAAGGAGCACUUUUCAAAAGGUUCAGGUGGACACCCAAACAACAUGACAACAAAUAGCAGAAUAAAUCAAACGAGCGAUGAAGAAGACGCAUUGGAAAAAUUACUCCUUUUCGACAUAGUCUUUAACUCCCCCUUUGAAUGUAUUAAUAAAUUAUUCUCCCAAGAAAAGAGGAAACUCUUCUUGUACUUGAGAAAAAAAAAAAGCAUUUUCAGUCUGCUCAGAUUUGUAUUGUUGACCUUUGAAUUUCACUACAACUUCUACACCCUAAUUAACAGGACCAGUGACCAUUUGAGGAAGAUCCAUUUUUUGCAUCCGGUGGAUCUCCUACACGACGUUCAGUUCGACUGUGUUAACCUCAUGACUGUUUUGCUGACAUUAAAGUCUUUUCGUAACGACAAGGGGGUGUUGUCCUUUUAUUUGAUUCUUCACCCAGAGCACUUUUCCAAAGUUGUGAUCAUCCCGCAUUACAGGGGCACCCACUUGGGUAGACAUCAGAGAAGGGAGGUCUCCAUAAAAAAUUUCUUCAAAAGGGGGAAGCGCCAGGGGGGACCUUCUCCUCGAGGAGGGGCCAUACAGCAGAUACAAGUGCCUACAAGAAAUAUUCCCGAUAUGAUGGGUGCGUCGUUUCCCCAUUUGUCAAACGAGAUUGGUAACCAGUGUGGGGGUCAACAUGGCGCCUCACCUAAGAUAGGCCCAUGGGGCCACCCAAACGAAAACGACACAACCACACUGGAAGGAACUUUCUACAAAAGUGAAGGACCGCCCAACACACAGCAAAGUAGCAUACUCAUUGACCACGUGGAUGAGGAGGACCUAUUCAUCUAUCUCUUUUCCCAUUUUUGUGACAUUAUAAAUUUGAAAAAGGUAAACCAGUCUACGAUCUACACAUCGAGUGGAGACCUCCAUAGUGGUUACCCUUUGGAAGGAGCAGAAUAUGUCUCACUUGGGGAAGGCCCCAUCGAGAACGAUCUUAAAAUUUUCGAAGAAUACGAUUUGUUCAUAUUAAAUAUAAAAUAUUUGUUUAAAAUGAAAAACCAGAUUGUCCUUUCGGAGGUUUUUUUCUUUCCUCCUUUUUUUCUGUACACCACUCUGUACCCUUUUGUGGAAUUUUUGAAGACGCUAAAAUGUUGGCUUGUCUUAUUAGAUCAGCUGAGAUUUCACCAUUCGGAUAUUACCUUAACGUGGUCCGGAAUAGGUGACGUUUUUCAGCACGUAACAGCGGUUAGGAGGAGAUGCGCUCCGCCAAUCGCAAACCAAAACGCAAGUGUCAGCCCAAACGUGAACACAAACGUGCAGAGCGGACACAGCGGCACGUCCCCCGAGGGUCACACAAAUGGUCACCGCCAGGAGGACGAAAUAGUUGUGCACCUCGUGUGGUUCCUUUACAGCACCAAAGAUUUGUACGUCGACACGUCGUUCCUUGGUGACGGCAAAACGUGCAAGAGGAGUUAUGCAGACCUUUUGGGUGACCUCAAAGAGGUGAAUCAGGGGGAUUGGCUUGAAAGGAGUGACAGAAUCAGCGGCGAUGGAAAAGACCACCAUGGCAACGAUGACCAUGGCAGAGGUGAGCAUAAAAAGGUAAAGAGGGAAGAAGAGGAUGGGCAGCACAGCGCGAAAGAUUACUUGCCGUGGGACCACCACCCCCUGAGUGAAGCAAAAUGGGAGGAAAUACCAAACGUGAAAUGGGAAAGGGGAGACAAUCCCGUAGCAAAAAAAUGGACACACGCAACGGGUUACUUGAGCACCCCCUUUCACAUGAACCAAACAAACACAGACAAAUUGAAACAUAUGAUAAAUGCAUACUCUCACAGUAAUGAUGACAUUUUUUUAAAAAAAAAAGCUCAGAAAAUAUGGUUGGGGGAGAAUUUUAUCCAGAGGGCGUACGCCCUUCGCAUUUUGGAGCCGAAAAAUGGGGACCCCCCAUACGAGCAGGGGGAACGAUGGGAUCCUCUAGGGGAGGAAGGGAAAAAUCACAAUAUUCAGAACCAUCACUUAGAUGACGUGCUUAUAAAAAUGUACGCAUACAAAGCAACAACCAAUAGGUCGGAACUACAGAACGAUUGUGAGAAUAUGUUUUUUUUUAAUGAGGAAAAAAUGCUAAUCGGAGGAAUGAAGGGCGGGAGAUGUCCUAUCUCCGCAGGAGAAAAUAUGUAUAAAGGGGAUAUGCACUACUGGACCAAUUCAGUUGGCAUUUAUUUUGAAAACGUUGGGGAAACUGUGGAUGAGGAGGAUUGCUGGUUUUAUCGCAGUAGGGGAAAGGUGCCCACACGGGAAGGGCAAGUAGAUAACCACGGUGAGGUGAAAAACAGAAGGAGGAAAUUCAUCCUGGAGGAACAAAACGUACUAAAGGAAAACUCCAAAAUUAACUCAGCCCUGAAUAUAAUUUACAGCUAUGUUAGAAUAUGGCUCCUAAAGAUGAAUCACUCGAACGUUAUUUCCUUUUUUCGCAUCGUUAAUGAGACCAUAGUGGAUAAAAAGAAUGUAUGUGAGUUGUCCUCUCUGCUGUUUAACUCAGUUUUGUCUUACCGAGAGCAUUUAACCUUUUGGAUGUUUCCAAACAGAGAAGGUGUAUCAAUGCCAUUCGUUGAAAUGGAGUUUAUACCUGAUGAGGGGGGUGAUAACCUGGUUACCGCAGCGGGUGAGAAAAAUGGGACCUCCAUUUUCCGCAAUAAAUGGAUCGAAAUGGUUGUCCCCGUGGAGGAAGCGUUAUACGAUGGUUAUCUCGUGGAGGGAGAAACCAACAGAGGGGUGAUGGCUAACCUGAAUAGUGAGGAGGCCCAUACAGGUGGCGUGUUCGCUACUCCCAACAGAGGAAAUAAAAUUAUGACCACGGGAGGAGGUAAUGACGGCAAGCCAGGGAACUGCCAUCCCACCCCCGGAACAGAAAAAACAAUUAACGUAAAGUAUAAAAUAUGGAGAUAUAUGCCGCGUCCUUUUAAAAAAAAAAUGUACGAACAGGAGGUUAAAGACAUUAUGGGCGGAACCAACGAAAGCGUGACACUCACGUUUAAAAUAUCAUCUGCGCUGCCAAUUAAAAAUUUGAAGGAGGUGCACAUAAAUGACGAGCCGUUUGUGAAAUUUCUGGUGAGGCACAAAAUCGACUUAAAUGUUGCUCACCAGAGGGUCAUGACAAUUUUGCAGAAAUACAAUCUCAUGGCAAACUACUCCCUCGUUGCCACGCAGACCGUCCUCCACCUCUCCACCUUCGAACUGUUGCUGAAGGGGGGGACAACGACAGCGGCACUUGGAACUCCUCCCUCCCCCCACGGUCAAUGCCUUCCCCCAAAUGUCAACGGCAACAACAUGAAUAAGAACAGCAAGGUGCUGCAUUGGGUUUGCCUGCUCGGCGGCUUCCCACUGUACGAAGCCUUCUCAAAUGAAAAAUCGAUGGCGGGUCUGCACAACAAAAAUGGUACCCCUGCACAGUUACGAAAAAAAAGCAAAGUGGUCCAUUUGGAAGGCACAAACAUAAAUAGCAAAAGAGAACCGUGGGGGAUUAAAAUAUUGUCUCCUCAUAAAAAUACGACCAUAGCUUCGAAUCAAGGGAAAACAAAAAGUGAGUUAAGGGAAAAUGUAAAGGGAGUGAACAAAAUAUGUGGCGAAAAAAUUGGUCGAAAGAAAUGGGAACCCCUGUGGAGAUAUACUCCCCAUGGGAGUCUCCAACUAGCCGAAUGUGAAAGGGUCAAUUGCAACGGUGAAAAAACAGGAGGACGAAUUUUUGCACGCAAAGCAAACUGUGAAAAUCGUGAGGAGAGCAAAUUUCAAUCUGGGGAAGAUAUCCACCAGGGGGAUGAUGUCGAAAUGAAGAGGACAGAUCAAUGCAGUGACGAAGAAGACGUCCAAAUGAACAGUCCAGAAGACGAACCAUGCAGCGACUCCCCCAGUGAAAGCGAAACGCAAGUAGAGUUAACAGAAGAAGUAAUUAACUUCAUCGAAAGUAUAAUUAAAAAACACAAAAUAGUUCUAUUCAUGAAGGGUACAGCUUUAAACCCAUUUUGUAAAUAUAGCAAACAAGCAAUACACAUUUUGAAGCUAAACAAAGUGAAAGAAAUUAGGACUGUUAAUAUUUUGGAUGAUGAACAGUUAAGGAGAUCUUUAAAGAUUUACUCUGAAUGGCCUACCUUCCCGCAGUUGUACGUAAAUGGGAAAUUCGUCGGGGGCAUAGACAAAGUGCAGGAGUUACAUGACGGGAAGAAGCUAAAGGGCAUCUUGGAGGAGGUGUAG